UAUCAUCCCUCCCAGGCUUGCGCUGGAAGGCAGUGCUGCUGGUUUUCUGGUUUCCGCUGUGAGCAAAGACACUGACCGAGAGGGGCAGAGAUGGGUGCCUGGUCCUGCUGUCCUCACUCUGGAGAAGAGGGGGUGGAGUGGGCCCUGCUGAAUCAGCUCAGAAGGGACCAGCAGAGAAAACGCCAUGAGUAUCCCAGCUCUCGGGGGCAGCACCAAAGGGAAGCCUCUUCUACCAGGCGAGGAGGAGCGCAACAAUGUCCUCAGGCAAAUGAAGGUGCGAGCCACGCUGAGGGGGGACAAGAGCUGGAUCGCCAAGCAGGAUGCCUCGGAGGGCCACACCCUAGAGCUGCCCUCCAGCUGGAGUCGUGCCACAUCCUUUUCAUCAACUGGGGAGGUCCUGAAGACCAGGCCUCCAAGCCCAAGGGCUCCCACUGGCUAUAUCAUCCGGGGAGUGUUCACCAAGCCUAUAGACAGCUCGUCCCAUCCCCAGCAGCCCUUCCCCAAGGCCAACGGAGUUCCCAAAAGUGCUGCCAGUGUGGUGAGAGGAGCUCCCACCGGGCCUUCCCGUCUGUCCUCCUCCGGCUACAAGAUGACAACCGAGGAUUACAAGAAGCUGGCACCUUACAACAUCAGGCCCAGCUCCACAUCAGGGGUUGCUGAAGAGGAGGAGGCGCCCUUCUCUGCUGAUGAGCAGAGACGGAGGUCAGAGGCUGCAAGCAGUGUGGUGAGGAAGACAGCUUCCCGGGAGCGCUCCUACGUCCUGUCGGCAGCCAAGAAGAGCACCGGCAGCCCUGCCCAGGAGAUGCAGUCCCCAUUCAUUGCACAGAGGGUUGAGGUGGUGGAGGAUGAAGAGCCUUUCGAGAAGAGCCAGGACCCAGCUGCUCCGGCAAGAUCCUCUCCUGGCUUGAGCAGCACAAGAGGUAAGGAGACUGUCAGCCUGCAGAUCCUGACACCCGGAACAGGACCUCGCCUAGUGGCCCCAGACCUGGAAGGAAUGAGGUCUUCCCCGGGCUCCAAAGACACAGAUGCCCCCGGCCCCAGAGGGCCCAAGAGAGGCUUGGCUGGUGAGGAGGCCUUCAAGGGCCCUGAUCCAGACACUGAAAGGUCAAGUGCACAGUCAUGUGACAGCAACGUGGGACCUGGAGCCACAGGCUCCCCACCUGAAGCUUUGACUGGAACAGACAUUGGCUCUGAGAGAGGAGGGCUGUGCUCAGCUCUCCUGGAUGAUCAGGACGUGCACGAUGCCAACUCUCAGCCUCACAGUCAUGGACUCUUGGCCACCAGCUCAGCUGCCACUUCAGCCUAUGCUGUCCCAGCUGACAUGAAGACUGACAGCCCCACAGACCUGGAGGACAUGGAGGCAGAUGUGAAGGGCUUCUUGGCUGGUUUGGAGGAAAAGAAUGGAACUGCCCAGGUGGCAGAGGCCUGGCCGGAGAGGCCCAGAGCCCUGAGAGGUGGCCAGGGAGACCCAGCUGCAACCGCCCAGCAGCCUGCAGACCUGAACACCCCAGAGGGGCAGAGUGGCCCCGGAAGACCCAAGCAGCAUGCGGAACUGGACGGCCAGGCCAGCAGGGUGAGCAACCCCUCGGGCUGUGUGGUCACUGAGCAGCCUCAUGUUUACAUCCCAGCCGCCCCAAGUGAAUUGGACUCCAGGUCAGCCAGCAAAGGGGUUCUCUUCAUGAAGGAGUACACGAAUGCUAGUGAGGUGUCUUCCGGGAAGCUGGCGUCUUCACACUGUGGCAGAACAACUGGGGGGAUCUGUACUUACUGCAACCAGGACAUACGAGACUGUCCAAAGAUUAUCCUGGAACAUCUUGGCAUCUGCUGUCAUGACUAUUGCUUUAAGUGUGGGAUUUGUAACAAACCCAUGGGUGAGCUCCUGGACCAGAUCUUCAUUCACCAUGACACCGUCCACUGUGGGAAAUGCUAUGAGGAGCUUUUCUAGGCUGAGAAGCAGCUGAUGAUCCCCGGACAAGUUUGGCUCUCCCCAGUUGCCCCAAGUUGCUCGUCCCUCUUCCGUCCCUUGAUCUUUUCAUGAUUUUGCCCUUCUCAAGUCGGACUUGCUUUCAGCCAGCAGUGUAUCUUAAUGAUGCUAUGAUAAUUACUUGCAUGUGUAGCUUUUUAUAGCUUAAAAGCACUUCACAUCCAUGAUCUUAUUUCAGGCUCAAGCAAAGAGGAUUGAACAAGAAUUCCCAUCUUGACUUGACUAGGACAGGUUGGCUUCCUGAUGAGUUUAGGUGGCCUGGUAUGAUAGGCAGGAGCAUGGAGUGCAGUGUGUCCUGAUUCUUGGGAAAGGGCACAAACCACACUGUGCUUCAUAACUAUGGGUGUACCUUGGAGACCUGAGGGAAGAAAGAGACCAUUUGAAGCCUCUGAGGCGUCAAGUUGAAGACUGUUGACGAUCCCCGCUGGGUAAUUGAAGCCAUUGAAUGUUAGAUAGGUAAUGUUUAGCUUGUCUCUUUGCCAUAUAUGUUUUUUUUUUAACUUUACGUGUACUUUUCAAAGUAGUUAGUUUUGAUUGAGUUAUGUAGCAGAUUUUAAUUAACUCCUCCUACCCAUCUUUCAUUACAGUUGAGUUCUUUCCUACAGGCAUGUGGGCAUGUAUUAGAAAAUGUGCACAAUUAGGUUUAAAUUCUAUAAGAGGUGAUUCUUAGGAGGCUACUGUCCAAAGGGACAUCUGUGUCUGAAUCUUGAUAGCUGAUUUAUACUUUUGCCCUCAACACUUGAUCCCUAAGCUUGAUACUGAAAUCCUUUAAAAUAAGUUUUAGGGUGCAUUGACUCCAGCAGAAUUAAGAAGGGAGAAAAGCAGGUAACAUUUCUUGAGGCCUUACUAUGUACCACACAUUAAUGUUCAUAAUAAUCCUGUACAGAAGGCAUUCUUGUCCCCAGUUUACAGAUGAGGCUGUCAAGGCUCAUAGAGGUGGUUGUGCAUUGAGCAGAACCAUUGCUGUCUCUCUCCCCAGCAAGCAUGGAUUUAGUGCUAAGCAUGUGCCAAAUACUGUGUGGCGUUUACCUCAUCCUACCAGGUAACACCGCCUGCCCCCACUCCCCAGCCUACCCCGGGCCCACUCUUACAAAGAGGGCAAGGUAUGAAAUCGUACUCCUCCUCUGGACAUCCUAGGCCCCCUCAUGAAGUACCAUAAGGACCAAACUUACCUUGUUUCCUAUCUUCCCCUUACCAUGAAAAUGCCUCUGAACUGAGAUGCUCUCAUCUGGGAAGAGAUUCAAUUCACACACCUACCCAAAGAAGAGCUUGUCAGCCCAGAGAAAGCUCUGGUGGGCUAGCCAGUCUGAGCACAGGACCUUCGGUGACCUCCUAUUUUCCAGUCCAGACUCUGUCCCAAGCUAGCAGCAGCCACUGGGGUCCUAGGUACUCAACUUGGAAACCUGUUGGCCAGAUGAACGGAUGCAGGCCCAUCCAUGCAGUCAGCUGAUGCUCUGCUCAGGUUUGACUGGGCUUCUCUGUCUUUGGAAUCAGCAUCACUGUGUAAACUCCUGGAGAGGGAACAACCUGAGAGAUGUCCUGAUCAAAAAUGAGGCUCUCUUCUCUUGACUUAAUUAGAAGAUGUAUCUCCAUCUCUCUCCAUUUUCUGAGCCCUGUGCACAUCAACUGGAGGACUUGUUCUUUCUUCCACAUGAUCAGAGAGGAAUAUCCCAUAGAUACGUAUCAGAUUUGUUCUGGAGGGGUGAAGUAAUACAAUCUGCCAUGUGUCAACCCUAAAGAUGAGCUGGUCUUCCUCAUGUCUCUAUCCUGCAGCAUGGGACUUGGCACAUGGUAGGCACUGACACACAGAUGCUGAAUGAAUGAGUAAAAGGGAAAGAAAAGGUACUCCUUUGGGAAGGAGGUGCCAUCCCUGAGUCUUGAUUUGGGCCCAGCUGAUGGAAUACAGGAUGAAGAGGACCAAGAUAUGCUGGUUUUCCCACCUUCAAUAUAAAUUAUUCUUUUAAGGGAGUUUUGGAAACAACAUGGAAGAUACUGACAGAAAGCUUUACAAGAUCAAUAUUGAUUUUGAUCCAAAAUGGCCUCUUCCGUGUCUAAAAAAGGCACAGAAUUCUGCAGUCUUCAGGAAGAGGGGUGGCUGCAUUGCACUUUUGCUCCUUUUUAAUUGCCUAAUUCAAACUUGCUUAAACCACACUAAUGUACACAGUUAUAAUAAAUGUUAAGAGAAA